AUGCUUGGUGGAGCACCACCACCACCUCCACCACCCUUGCCCAUGGAAAACUCACCUGUUAUUGUUCAAAGAGAGGCUUUCAAAGAACCUUCACCUUCACCUUUCGAUAACUUCCCCAGACCUAAAAAGAAGAUGAAACAGUUACAUUGGGAAAAAUUCGACGACUUAUCUUCUAAUUCAUUCUGGAAAGAAUCACAAACUCAUUCUUUAGCUGGAGAUUUAUUAUCUAAAGGUGUUUUUGAUGAAAUCGAAUUAAUCUUUGCUGCCAAAGAAAUCAAGAAAAUCGCUACCAAGAAGAAAGAAGAUAUCGAUAAGAUUUCUUUCUUAUCGAGAGAUAUCUCUCAACAAUUUGGUAUUAAUCUUCAUUCAUUCAAUAGUUUAUCUGAUGAUGAAUUAAUCAGUAAGGUUUUAAGAUGUGAUAAAGAAGUUGUACAUAAUAUAGCUGUUUUAGAGUUCCUCGGCAAAGAAGAAGUCGUUGAAGUCUCUAAUAAUUUAGCUAGAAAUCUUGAACCUUAUGCUACUGAUUACAAAGUGGAAAAUCCAAGUAAACCUGAAAAGGAUCCUAAUGACUUACAACGUGCCGAUAGAGUUUAUUUGGAAUUGAUGUAUAAUUUACAACACUAUUGGAAAUCAAGAAUGAGAGCUUUGAAAUUAGUAGCCACUUAUGAAAGAGAUUAUGAAGAUUUAAUCAAUAAGUUAAGAUCAAUUGACGAAGCUGUUGAUAGCAUCAAGAAUUCAAAACACUUAAAGGGUGUUUUUGAAAUCAUUUUAACUGUUGGUAAUUAUAUGAACGAUACUACUAAACAAGCACAAGGUUUCAAAUUAAGUUCUUUACAACGUCUUAGUUUCAUGAAAGAUGAUAAAAAUAGUAUGACUUUCUUGCAUUAUGUGGAGAAAAUCAUCAGAUUACAAUACCCCCAAUUAGCAGGGUUCAUUGACGAAUUAUCAAAGUGUUUACAAAUUAACAAAUACUCCAUUGAAGGUAUUCAGAAUGAUUGCAGAGAAUUCAUUCAAUCAAUAAAGAAUGUCCAAAGUUCAAUGGAUAUUGGAAAUUUGAGUGACGUCUCCAAAUUCCAUCCUAAUGAUAGAAUUUUGAAAGUGGUUGUUCCAAGUUUACCAAAAGCUAAGAGGAAGAGUGAUUUAUUGAACGAUUCAUCUUCAUUUACUUUCAAUGAGUUUGAUAAUUUGAUGAAAUAUUUCGGUGAAGAUCCGAGUGAUUCAUUCGUUAGAAAUUCAUUCAUUUCUAAGUUUGCUGACUUCAUAAAUGAUUAUAAACGUGCUCAUACGGACAAUUUGAAACGUGAAGAAGAAUUGAGAUUAUAUGAACAAAGAAAGAAAUUACUUGAAGCUCAACAAAAGAAGAAUGAAAGUAAGGAUUCAUUACCUGAGGAAAAAGAUAGCGGUGAUAACGAUGUUAUGGAUUCUUUGUUAGAAAAAUUGAAAGCAGCUGGACCUUCGAGAAAUGAACCUUCAUCAGCAAGAAAAAGAGCUCUUAUGAGAAAGCAUUUGCUAGAAUCUCAACAGAAGAAAACACACGAUGAUAGUUUCAAUGAUUCCCAGGAGGAUUUGACUACAGUAUCACCUACUCCUGGAUCUUCCACUACGGAUAUACUAGAAGACGAUAAGAAUGUGGGUGAUAGAGCAAGAAAUCUAUUGCAAGAAUUAAGAGGGGCGGAAGCUCCUUCAAGACAAUCAGCAGCUCUGAAAUAUCGUCAAGAACGUUUAAAGCGUCGAACCACCAAUAUAGAUGAAUCUGAUAACCCCGAUGAGUCAAAUACUUAA